GCAGAAUAGGAGGAGGAUCUGGAACUUACAUAUUUAGUGGCUCUGUUUUGGAAAAACAGCACACGGAAAGAACAAACAGACACUGCUGGAGGAAGCAUAUUCCCUAAGAGAAACAAGUGCCAGGCAUUACAAUGGAUUGUCCUCUAAAAUCCCUCCUUGAGAAGCUGGAAUGCCACUUCACCUGGGAUCUGGGGUGCAAUAAAAACGAGCUCCAAGAUUUACAGAAGAACAUGGAAGACAAAGUAGAGAAGGGAUGCACCUGGCUGGUUAAUCAUUACAACCUGCUGGGCUACAUCCAACAGGCUCUUGGCUUCAACUCAGAGGCAUUGACGUACCUGCAGAAAGCAGAAAGUGAGAUGCAGAAGCAGGGAACAGAAGAAGCUGGAGUCCGGCUGCAGGUUAACAAAGCUAACCUGGCUUGGGUCUACUUCCUUAUGGGAGAGAUGGAUAAGAGCAAAGGAUACCUAGAAGAGGUGGAGGGGCUUCAGCAAAUGCAUCCUGCUCCACCAGGAUGCACUUUACAUCCUGAGGUCAGUGGAGAAAAGGGCUGGACACUGGUGAAGUUUGACAAGUCCAAGAAGUGCAAAGCGAUUGAUUGUUUUAAGAUGGCUUUAGAAGCAGAACCAGAAAGGAACGAAUGGCACAAAGGUCUUGCCGUAGCCAUGAGCAAAGCAUAUGUAAAUAAUAAAUGCCCUUCAGAGCUUAAGGCAGACAUUCUAAUGCAGGUAACAACUGCACAUGAGAAGGAACCAAACAGUUUGUUCCUUCAUGCUCUUUAUUUACUAAAACAGUCUGAAGUGCAACCAGGAGACAGUGAGAGAGAGAUGCAAGGUUUACUAGACAAAACUCUUGAAAGUGGAGACCUGGAGGGUUUGAGUAAUAUUCUCAAGUAUUUUGGAAACAUUUCUAAAGAUAGAGCUAUUAAAGAAGCAGAGAGGGUUCAAGAAAAGUUCCCCGAAUCAACCUUAGCAUUGAAACACCUGGCAAAUUGUUACAAAUGGAAGGUUUGGGAGGAGAAGAUAUACAGACAAGAAACGGACCCCUUGGCUAGGAAAUCCAUUGGACUCUUUGAGAAGGUUGUUAGACAUUAUUCUGACUCACUCAGAGAAAAGGUAGCCCUAGCAUCAAUGCACUAUUAUGCAGGCAACACUGAGAGAGCAGAUGAGAUUUACCAGCAGCUCCUGUCAGAGAAAGAUCUUUCUCCCUAUAGACAACAGUAUAUUUACCACAGCUACGCCUGGCAUCUAUAUACCACUAACCGAAAUCAAGAAUCAAUCAGCUUUCACAAGAAAGUAGCAGAAAUCCAAAAUAUCUCAUACGAAAAACAGAAGAGCAUAAGGAUUCUUCAGAAAAUUGUGGAGAAUGGCAGAGACCCUCAGUGUGAGGAAAUUAAGCAUUUUCUGAAGAGAAUCUGAUAGUUUAUUACUUGAAGAGCGCAGAUAUCCCAGAAAUGAGAGGUCACAAACAAAAUAGAAGUAUAGAGUAUAGAAGUACUUAAUAAUAUUUUGAGGAAAAAACACUUUUAACUGCUUUGAGACCUUCAUAGCAAUAUCGAUAUGGCUACAGAUGUGUUGCUGUUUCAAAUAAAAUGUACAUGUAUUUUCUAAUUUCUAACUGAUUAGAUUUAUCACAGUAAGAUGUUUACAUAACAUAAGCAAACCUCUUCACUCCUGUUCAAAUGAAAUUGUCAUUAUUUUAUUUUAGAAUAAAAUACACAUAUGUAAAUAUAAAUAGACAAAACAUAGAAAAAUAAGAUGAGAAUACAUAUGUGUAUUUUAUUCUCAUCUUAUGUUUAUUGUCUGUAUGUUGUUGCUGUCUCUGUGUACUGAAAGCUAAUGACACUAACACAUAUUCCUAGUAUGCGCAAGCAUACUUGGUGAUAAAAGCUCUUUCUGACUCAGAUUUUAUUCGCUAAAAGGUGUGCUUACAUUUGCUGCCAUUAGUCACAUACUGACACGCACAGCACAGAUGAUGAACAUACAGUUUGUGCGCUACUGGCCACUUAAUCCACUUAAGUCAAAUGCAAAAAAACGUUUUGUGAAUGUACUGGACAGUUAUUUGGUUAUUUAGUGAUAAACAUGCAACUAAGGGUUGCUUUUGCUGAGUUCAGCGAUUCAGAGUGGAGGGAAAACUUCUGAAUGUCAUGGAAUUCAUUCAUGGAGCUGUGGGAACAACACAUAUCAUCUGUGUUUGUCUCUUGAGCACAGGCUCAUUUUGUCAAAGUGGAACAGAUGCGAUUAAGUGUAUACAAAUUUUACUACU